AUUUUAUUCUCAAAUUCCUCCGGCCAAGUAGCUUUUUCAUUCAAAAAUCAACUUCUCUCUCUUUCUGGACAGUUAUCUAAUUGCUCACCCAGUUAGCCGGGCAAGGUGACCCUAUGUCAAAAAAGUUAUGUUGUAUGGUUUUGAGGCUCAACAUUGACUGCAACGCUUGCUACAGAAAACUUCGAAGAAUUCUCCUUAACAUGAAAGAUUUGGAAUCUCAUUUGAUAGAGAAGAGGCAGAACAGACUAAGUAUAUGCGGAAGAUUUGUUCCUCAAGAUGUUGCGAUUAAGAUUAGGAAGAAGAUGAAUCGCAGAGUUGAAAUCUUGGACAUAGAGUUUAGCAGCGACAAUGAAGAUGAAGACAGCAACAACGAUCAUGCAGAGAGCAGACCCUUCUUGUUUUCUGCUUAAUUAAUUAGUUAUGAUAAACUCAUUACGGUUAUUGAUAAUCAAUAAGUUUUUAGUGGGAAUUAACAAAGUGUCAUCUACUUAUGAUGAUAUGAUCCAUUAAAAUCACUCUUAAGGUGUAAAAAUAAUAUUAAAGUAUAAUUUUUUGUUCAUGUAUAAUAGUACAUUAAUUUAAUUUAUGUACAAAUUUAAUAAGUAAAAAAGAAUAAUUAAAAAUUAUGCAAAUAUUUUAUUAGAUUUUCUGGAAU